AUGUCCUCCAUUCUGAAGGUGAAACCCGCGACCGUUGGAUCCCGCCUGUUUUCCGUUGGUUCCCUACACACACAAACACAAAUCAACAAAACCAUUUGGCACAAUUUGAAGUCACCCACUCACCAAACCCUUCACUGUCUCGUGGAACAAUGUUCCUCAAUGACUCAACUCAAGCUUAUCCAUGCCCAGAUCAUCCUCCAUGGACUCGCUGCCCAAGUUCUCACACUGGGCAAGUUAGUCUCUUUCUGUGCUCAAGUUGGAGAUCUUCGUUACGCUCACCUUCUGUUUGAUCAAAUUCCGCAGCCCAAUAAAUUCAUGUAUAAUCAUUUAAUAAGGGCUUAUUCAAAUAGUGGUGACCCAAUAAAAUCCUUGUUGCUCUACCGCAAAAUGGUGAGUGCUGGCCUUAUUCCAAACCACUUCACCAUCCCCUUUGUUCUCAAAGCAUGUGCUGCAGUACCCUUGUAUUGGGAAGCUGUUAUUGUUCACGCUCAGGCUAUUAAGCUCGGAAUGGGGCAUCAUGACUGUGUGCAAAAUGCAACUUUGGCUGUCUAUGUUGCUUGUCGUUUGAUAUCCAGUGCACGCCAAGUGUUUGAUGAUAUUUCUGAUAGGACUCUAGUCUCCUGGAAUUCCAUGAUUGCUGGGUAUUCUAAAUUGGGCUGUUGUAACGAAGCGGUUUUGUUGUUUCGAGAAAUGCAACACCUGAGAGUUGAGCCUGAUGUUUUCACCUUGGUUAGCUUGCUUUCUGUUUCCUCAAAGCUUGGUAAUUUGGAUUUCGGAAGGUUUUUGCACCUUUAUAUCGUUAUUACUGGAAUUGAAAUUGAUUCGAUCGUGACAAAUGCACUCAUAGAUAUGUAUGCCAAGUGUGGGCAUUUACAAUAUGCUAAAAGUAUUUUUUAUCGAAUGCAUGAUAAAAAUGUUGUUUCCUGGACUUGUAUGGUUAAUGCAUACGCGAAUCAUGGGCUUAUUGAUAAUGCUCUAGAAAUUUUUAAUCAGAUGACAAUGAAGAAUGUAGUUUCUUGGAAUUCAAUAAUUUGGUGCCACGUUCAAGAAGGACGGUGUAUGGAAGCUGUGGAACUUUUCUUCAGGAUGUGUAAUUCACAUGUGAUGCCUGACAAUGUUACUCUUGUUAGCAUUCUUACAUGCUGCAGUCACAUGGGUGACCUGGCAUUGGGAAAACAAGCCCAUUGUUACAUUUGUGAUAAUAAUAUUACAAUGAGUGUGACGCUAUGUAAUUCCCUAAUAGACAUGUAUGCAAAGUGCGGUGCUCUUCAAACUGCCAUAGACAUCUUCUUUGAGAUGCCUGAGAAGAAUAUAGUGUCAUGGAAUAUUAUUAUUAGAGCACUUGCUCUACAUGGUUUUGGAGAAAAAGCUAUUGAGAUGUUUGAGAAGAUGCAAGCUAGUGGGCUCUAUCCCGAUGAGAUUACCUUCACAGGAUUACUCACUGCUUGUAGUCAUAGUGGUCUUGUAGACAUGGGACGAUAUUACUUUGAUAUGAUGAAUUAUACUUUUUGGAUUUCUCCUGAUAUUGCACAUUAUGCAUGCAUGGUUGAUCUUUUAGGGCGUGGGGGUUUCCUAGGAGAAGCAAUGACCCUGAUACAAAAGAUGCCCAUUAAACCAGAUGUUGUUGUUUGGGGUGCUUUGCUUGGUGCUUGCAGGAUCUAUGGGAAUCUAGAGAUUGCUAAGCAAAUCAUGAAGCAGUUGCUGGAGUUGGGACGAUAUGAUUCUGGACUUUACGUGCUUCUCUCGAACAUGUAUUCAGAAUCUCAAAGAUGGGAUGACAUGAAAAAGAUCAGGAAAAUAAUGGAUGACAGUGGGAUAAAAAAGUGUAGGGCAAUUAGCUUCAUUGAAAUUGAUGGCUGUUGCCAUCAAUUCAUGGUGGAUGACAAAAGGCAUGGUGCUUCAAACAGUUUAUACUCCAUGCUGGAUCAAUUAAUGGAUCAUCUGAAGUUUGUAGGAUAUUCAAGUAAACCUUCGGAUGUGGAAGAAAUAUACUACACUAGCAAUAUUUAA